AAUCUCAGCCAGUUAAUGGGAGUGCGCAGGCGUCCUCCUGGUUCCCAGCGGCCCCCGCGUGGCGUAGUCCUCCAGUUUCCCGGUAUUCCUUCUGGCCGGCUGAAGAUGGCGGUCGUGUUGCCGAUGAUGGGGCGGAUUUAUGGAUCGGCGCUGGAGUCCACACAGUGCUGCUCCAACCUGCACCCCGACUGGAUGAGGCAGGAAGUCAGUACGGGGACAACUAUUAUGGCAGUAGAGUUUGACGGUGGUGUUGUCAUCGGGGCAGACUCAAGGACCACAACAGGAUCGUACAUUGCAAACAGGGUCACGGAUAAACUGACCCCUAUUCACGACCUCAUCUUUUGCUGCCGCUCAGGGUCGGCAGCUGACACCCAGGCAAUUGCAGAUGCAGUGACUUACCAGCUCGGCUUCCACAGCAUUGAACUCGACGAGCUUCCACUGGUGCAGACUGCUGCCAAUUUGUUCAAAGACAUGUGUUAUAGAUACCGGGAGGAGCUGAUGGCUGGGAUCAUCGUUGCUGGCUGGGAUAAAAGAAAUGGUGGACAGGUGUACACGAUCCCAAUGGGUGGGAUGAUGGUGCGGCAGCCAUUCUCGAUUGGUGGCUCUGGAAGUACCUAUAUAUAUGGAUAUGUUGACUCCAGCUACAAACGAGAAAUGACAAAAGAGCAGUGCUUGGACUUCACGGCAAAUGCUAUCGCACUUGCGAUGGAUCGCGAUGGUUCAAGUGGCGGGGUGAUUCGUCUCGCAGCCAUCACUGAGAAAGGAGUCGAACGCAAGGUCAUAUCUGGCAGCCAGCUACCUUGCUUCACGUCAGCUUGAAGGUGGUGAAGUUCAGCUUUCCGUUUGUGUCGCACCCGAAUAGUCCUUUUGUUAAAAUAUGUUUUAUAAGUUCUCUGUGUUAUUCCAUGUUUCAGACCGUAACAUAUAACGUAACAAAUAAAACUGUGGAGUUGAUCAGACUUGUCUGAAAUCUGAU